AUGACCGCGGAGAGCCAGCAGCCCCUGUGCGGGGCCAGCCCCGCCGAGCCCGGCCUCCUGCUCAUGCCCCUGGUGAAGGCGGAGCCGGGGCCGCCCGAGGCGGGAGCGCGGGGCGCGGGGCGGCGGCGGAAGCGGCCGGUGCAGCGGGGCAAGCCCCCGUACAGCUACAUCGCCCUCAUCGCCAUGGCCAUCGCGCACGCCCCGGAGCGGCGCCUCACGCUGGGCGGCAUCUACCGCUUCAUCACCGAGCGCUUCGCCUUCUACCGCGACGGGCCGCGCAAGUGGCAGAACAGCAUCCGCCACAACCUGACCCUCAACGACUGCUUCGUCAAGGUGCCGCGGGAGCCGGGCCGCCCGGGCAAGGGCAACUACUGGGCGCUGGACCCGGCGGCCCGCGACAUGUUCGAGAGCGGCAGCUUCCUGCGCCGGAGGAAGCGCUUCAAGCGCAGCGACCUCUCCACCUACCCGGGCCCCGCGCCCGACGGGGCCUUCGGGCCGCCCGCCGCCUGCUACCCCGCCGCCCAGCGCCGCCUCUUCGGCCUCGGGGGGCCGCCCGGCGCCCAGCUCGUCCCGCAGCCCGGCCGCCCGCUCAGCCCCGAGCUGGCCCCGGCCCCAGCCAGCUCCUGCGCCUUCGGGGGAGCCGCCUACGCCAGCCCGGGCUGCGCCGGGGGCGCCGUCCCCUACCCGUACCCGGGCCCCGGCGCGCCGCUGCCGCUCACCCAGGGGCCCUACCCGCAGGGCAGCGGCCAGCUGUACCCGCCCGGCCGCCUGGCCCUGUCCGCCUCGCCCCCGCUCGGCGGCGACAGCCGGGACUUCUACGGCCGCAUGUCCCCCGGGCCCUGCCCUGCGCUGGCCCACGGCUACGGCCCCGGCGCGCAGCUGGGCGGCCACGGCGCCUACCUGCGCCCCGCGCCCUACCCCGGCGCCGUGGAGAGGUUCGUCCCGGCCAUGUGA